GUGCGGCUUCCUCAACAUGCUAUAAAUGCUCGAAUCCGAAAUCCGAGAGUGUUGUGCUCAGCUGUCGUUCUUGUCUCGUUCACGAACUCACCAACACCGACGAGUUCCAGAAUAAUAUCAUUUUGAGCAAAAAGUUUAUCAACAUGGCGCAAAAUGGGGAACCUGCUCGGGACGCCCUCGUCAACCGGCAGCUACCCGAGAUGCAGCUAUCAGAUGGUUCAUCUUCGUCUAUGACAGCCCCGCCCCCACCGGCGCCACCCUACCUGAGUGGGGAAGGACGAGCGGUGUACAGAUUCAACGUCGAAGGAAAUGCAAUUAUCACUGGAGGUGCGGGUACUCUAGCCCUGGAAGGUGCUCGAGCUCUCCUGGAGCAUGGCUUGUCUGGCCUUGCCCUCUUCGAUCUCAACCUUCAGCAAGCAGCUGAUCCAAUCGCGGCGUUGAGGACUGACUUCCCGGACGCUAAGAUCAUCACCAAGAAGGUCGAUGUUAGGGAUGCGGAGAGUAUUGGUGCCGCCGUGAAUGAGACUGCGGGGCAGUUAGGAAGUGUCGAUAUUCUGUGUUGCUUCGCAGGCGUCGUGGGCUGCACCCAUGCUCUCGAUAUGAGCGUCGACGAGUGGAAGCGAACUAUGGACAUCAACUCCACCGGAUCCUUCCUCUGUGCUCAAGCUGUUGCGAGGCAAAUGGUAGAUCAGAAUAGCGGAGGAACAAUCGUCUUCAUCGCUUCCAUUUCCGGUCACCGUGUGAACUUUCCUCAGCCCCAGGCUGCAUACAACGUCUCCAAGGCGUCCCUAUUGCAUCUCAAGAACUGUCUCGCCGCAGAAUGGUCUCGCUACGGCAUCCGCGUGAACUCCAUCUCUCCAGGAUACAUGGAUACUAUUCUCAAUGAAGGAGCUGGCCUCGAGCGGGCUAGAAACGUCUGGGCAAAUCGCAACCCGAUGGGCAGAAUGGGUGUGCCUCAAGAGCUGACGGGACCGCUGGUGCUCCUAUGCUCUGCAGCCGGUAGCUACAUCAACGCCGCAGAUAUCGUAGUCGAUGGUGGUGCUAUUGUCUUUUAGACGGCAAUUGAGACAAGAGAUUCGCUCUGUGAGCGCAAAAUUGGUUCACCAUGGUAGGAAGGUUGGACUUUAGUUGACUUCCGAGACCUCAUGAGCAGUUUUAAGAGCUCCGUCCAGUACGGCGCGGUCCAGUUGGAUGUUCUCUCGUCGGAACCUCCAAAGUCAUGUGCAUGAUACAGCUGAAGCACCACUGUCAUUAGCUGUAAGACCUCAGCAGCAGGCCCAAAUACUCAUAAUUAAGACAUAGGUUCUAAUGCAGCCUUCAGCAUUCUAAGCUUCAC